ACGGACCACAACUUUAAGCCAGUCAAGAGUUCGUCCGUUCUUUCCCUACUGCUUUUCUUCCUAAGUGCUUAAUUCGAACUCCAGUCAUGGUCACAGUACACGUGGAUCAGACUCCAGGCUCAGAAGUGCCAGCUGUAUCUGAGCAGAGUCUCCCGGUAUCUUCUUCUGCUUCUUCGUUGCGCACACCGUUUUCUUUUCACGCACCAAGCACAUCAACGACAAUUUACACAUUCGGGCGUGGCAAUGGACCAGCUCAUCUACCAGAAAAGAGAGUUUCCAGUACCCCGCAAUUAGCUCUUUCCUCUACUGGAGACACGAUUUUUGAUCGUAUACGGUCUCGUAGUAGUGGAGUUGCGGAUAAGCCGCCUUCUCAUGUCUCGUCAAUAAUACCAAGGGCGAUCUCAAGCUCGCCAUCCUUUGGCCAGCAUUCACUACAUGGUCCUCUUGAUCAUGAUCCGGAUAUUCCCAUACGUUCCGUUGAAGAGGCCGCUGAUUUACCUGCAAGUAAAGCUAGUAACACUGGCACGGCGGGUCGCACACGUUCGGAGUCAACAAGCGAGUCACACUCGCGCCAGCUCUCAGAGCAGGAGAGGCUUAAUGGACACCUUGAAGGACUUCGUCUCCAGUCUUCAACUUCUCGAUCGGCCAACGCAAUUUCUGAAGCCCCGAGCCUCGUAACAAUGACACCUCUCGAUUCUUCUGUUAGGGCUUCUCCAAGAUUUACAACUCCACAUAAUUCGAGCCCGAGUGUACAAGACUACCAGGGCACAGAGAGAUCCGCCUCGACUCCGUCUAUAUCUGUCACUCCGACACCACCGAUCCUGAGCCCAAGUAAUCGUAGUAGAGUCGAUAGUUUAGCCAACGGCGUCGCGGCAUUACGAAUGAGCCCUAGCGAAAAUGGGCCUUCGCAUCCGCAGCGACCCGGUUUAAGGACUCAUUUAGAUGUUACAUCAUCUGACGCUGCCGAACACAUUAGCCCGGCACCUUCGCCCUCGCCCUCGCCCUCGCCCUCACGCACGCGACGGUCUAGCUCAGUGGCUAACCGAAUCCCUUAUCGAGUAGAAGAUGAGGAGCCACCACCGACUCACUUUCAGCAACAGGCCGUGCAACAAGCCUGUAAUAACGCCAAAGACGACAUGACACGGAUGGCUCUUGCUCUCGCAAGCGCCGAUCUCCAUCACGACCAAGGUUCGACCAUCCAUAAGCUGCAUCAGAAAGCCGUAACUAUGAGUACCUUUCAACCUCCCGAUUCGCGUAUCAUUGGUUUUGUAGGGGAUGCUGGAGUUGGCAAGAGUAGUUUGAUCAACUCAUUGUUGGAUAGAGAGGACUUUGCUAGAACAAGCAGUAGUGGCUCCGCAUGCACAUGCGUGGUUACAGAAUAUCACUACCACGAUCAGAACACCUUCCUUAUUCAUAUAGAUCACUUUACAAUCGAUGAGCUGCAGCGUCAAUUCCAAGAGUUACUACGAGCUUAUCGAGACUACGACUCACCACCCGAUGAUAAAUCAGUCGGGCAUGAUAAAGACCUCGAACGACGAGCACAUCUCGCUGGUACUACUUUUAGGGCCAGCUUUGGUCAAAGGCUGAAUGAAAACCCUGGUUUGCUACUCGACUUCCCAUUCCAGCAAGCUAUCAACAUGAUGGUGAAAUGGGCAUCUCAGGCUCUAACUACUUCAAACCAAGAUGGCAGUGCGCAUUUGCCAGAAUCAUUCGAUGACGUAAGAGGAUGCUCUGCACGGCUGCAAAGUUUGACUUCUGAAAACAAUGGGGCAAGUCAGGGAUGCCCGUGGACUUUCGUUCGCAAAGUAAGGGUCUAUAUAAGAGCUUACAUCUUGAGUAAAGGUCUUAUCAUCGUAGAUCUUCCAGGUCUUCGUGAUCUCAACGCUGCACGUCAGCAUGUCACUGAACGCUAUGUCAGACAAUGCCAUCAAGUCUUUGCUGUUACUGGUAUCGACCGCGCUGCUAGCCACCUUGGUGUUAGAGAGGUCUUUGAGUUAGCUCGCCGCGCUUCGCUCUCCAAUGUAGGCGUCAUUUGCACCAGGUCUGAUGUCAUAAAAGUAAAUGAGGCCAAGACCGACUGGCCAGCGGAGAAGACCCGCAUAGAUGAGUUCGCAAGGAAAGUUGACGAUGCAAAGACACAAUCCAAAUUGCUUGAGGCGGAAAUUAAGGAGUGCGAAGAUGAGGCGAUGGAUCUUUCAGAAGAGGAAGCCCGGGAACUCGACCAGAAACUUGUCAAGCUCAAUCGAGAAUUAAGGGCUGCUAAACGAGACAUAUCUAAGCACAAACUUGAACUGAAGCAGCACAUCAUCCAAGUCCGAAACGAAGAGAUUAUGCGGAAAAUUGAAGAUACGCACCAGAACUACCUUGAGGGUUCAAACUUGAGAACCUUCUGCAUUGGCAACAAACUUUACUGGAAGAAUCGCAAGCUACCCGCUGGCGAGGCACUACCUUAUUUGAGGCUAAGCGGCAUUCUAGCGCUACGUCAAUUCUGUAUAGGCAUCAUAGCUGAGAGCCAUCACCGUGCAACUGCACAGUAUGUCAAAGACGAAGUUCCAGCUUUCUUGGGCUCGGUAGAACUGUGGGUUCAAGCUGGAGCAGCUACGGCAACUGUCGAGCGCAGACAGCAAGUCCUUGACAUGGGAGACAAUCUGCGACGCCAGCUGAAGAAGUUAACAAGUCCAGUUUCCCGAGUUCAUGAAGUGUCUCGUGGCCUAACCAGUAUAUUCAACACACAAAUAUAUAUGCUUUUUACUCAAUUCUCGGAGCAGUGGAGUAAGGCUGCCGAAAGAGCAAGUAUGGAAUGGAAAACGUGGCACCAUUCAUCGUACUCAGCCUUCUGCCGCAACUAUGGUACCCAUAGCACAGCUGCAAAAGGAUAUCGAUGCUGGAAUGAGGAAGCAGUUGCCGAGAUGAAGAGUGAUGUCCAAGCUAUCUGGAUGAUUCUCAGGGAUGAAACACAAUCCCAUCUCAUUGGUAUUCAGGAAUUUAUUGUUCAAAGCUUCGCGGACAUGAUUAAUAGUACUACACCGUCGGGCAACAUGGAUGAUUCCACGCGCACGACGUUAGAAACUCUUACCGGCACUCUACGCCACCGUCAAGGGCUACUAGACUACGCAAUAGAAAAUGCGCUCGAGGACGUCUACAUGGAGCUGUCUACCCUGCGAAUCAACGCGCUUUCUAGUGUGCGAACCUCUAUAAUAGGACAGCUCAUAGACGACUCGUAUCACAAUGCGAAUAUGCAAUACGGAGGAGGUAGCGACCGCAUCCGCAAGAACAUUAUCACGGAGGGCUUUUCGUCUCCAACUCUUUUCAUCUACCAUCGACAGCGAAUCAAGUCUGAAUUCAUCAAAAUCGUAGACGACGUCGAAAGGAAAGCAAGCGAAGCUAUAAUGCAGCAAGUCACGCUGAUUGAAGCGGACCUUGAUACACUCAAAGAAGAAAAUAGGCUCUCUGAUAGCGAACGGAAUCCAGGCUUUAGAAAAAGGGUGGAGGAGACGUUGAAUAUCACCAAAGAACGGAUUGCUGUAGCGCGCAGGGCAUUUAGGGAGCCGGGGGAUACUGAUAGAGAGGAUGUACCUAUGACUGGUUAGCUGCGCAGGCGGAUUAAUGCAAUUUUUGUUUGAUUCACGUGUACAGGUGUGGUUGAGUCGUGCAUACUCCUAAAGUACACCUCCAUAGACUUAGGUGCUUUGGUGCCCUAUUUCUUAUUUGUUUAUUGGGUUCAAGUGGAAACCUAGUAUAUAGACGAAAUAUGCAGUAAUUGGUCGAGAA